AUGCCUGCCUAUACCUGGAAGUUAUCCAGCCGCUAUACUGACAGUUUUGCGUGUACGGAGUAUCGCAUCAAGAAAGAUCCAACGGAAGAGGAUUCGAGAGAAAGCUCCAUGCUCUUUCGACUGAUGCGGAGAGCAUCUAUCCAGGCGUCACACGACCGGAGAAAUUCUGCAGGGCGCACAACCUGGGGCUCCGUGAACUGCAAGGGACGCCGAUCAGAUGACGAUGGAAAUAGCACGUUCUGGCAAGGUUAUCAAGAACCGCUAUCCCCCACUGCAAGGAUAGCCAUAUCGUAUCCUAGAUAUUCCAUCUCCUGUGACCAAAGCUGGGGUGAUUACGUGCAUGAAGAGGAGCAAGGCGCGUCAGCGGAUGCCUCGAAAUUGAAGGUAUGUACUCCGCACAUAAUUAGGACUGUGUAUUAG